GGCGGAGCCUCGCCUCGAUGACGUAUCGCCAUUUUCUUUUCUUUUUUUCCCUGUUUGGCGGCGCGGUCGGUGUGCGGCGCUUCAGUUCGGAUCAGCUCACUCCACCUGAGCGAGAAGUUGGCGCGCGUGUCAUAUUUGCGGCGUGUAUUGUUUUGUUUCACACGGAACGCAACGAUGAGCGAGCCUGACCGACAGAAGGUGAUCGAAAAGUACCUCCAAGGGUUACAUCAUCAUGAAGACGGCUACUCCCAUGGCUACGUGAAGUCAGACGAUGAGCUUAAGCUUUUUGAGAGGUCCUUGGCUGCCGUCAACGAGAGGUAUGCUGUGCGGACAUCAAGAGACCUGAACAAGCCGUCCAAAUCCAAUGUCGUCUUCUCCAUGAUCCACUCCGGGUGCAGAAUCUCUCUAGACAAUGUACUGUUUGUGGUUGUCAAAGAAACCGUCAAAGUCUGCAUAUUUGGAACGGAAUACUACAAGAAGACUCUAGAGAAAAACAAAGACCAGAGUUCAAGCACCACUGACUGGCCGAAGGAGGUGUACGAGAAGAAGCGAAUGAACCUCCAAGGCAAAAAGAAGAAAGGGUGUGCAGCAACAACGAAUUUGAAGUGGAUUUAAUUGUACCCAGAUUUCCAGGUGGACCUUCCCCAGCCAUGCGGCCAGACAAAAGAGGGUCGGCUGAAAGCAGACAAGGCCAAGCAGCUGCAGGAGGUGCUUGACGC